AAAACACAUGGUUUGCGGCAGAACGGUUAUGUGAAGAGCAGAAGGCGGACGCAAACUGAUGAGCGGCACAGUAUUAAUUGAAUUUAAUCAAAUCGAUUCGAAUGACAACAAUGGAGGAGUUCGCCGAGUACUAUGGAAUGCCCAGCUGGAGCGUGACGAAUGCGUUUCGCGUGCUCACACGCAAGAAGCCCUUGGAGGACUCGAAUGAAUCCAAAUUGGCCAAGGUCUUGUCCGCCUUCGAUCUCACUGCCCUGGGAAUUGGAUCGACUUUGGGCGUUGGUGUCUAUGUCCUCGCUGGAGAAGUGUCCAAACAAUAUGCCGGUCCUGCAGUGGUCGUCAGUUUCCUCAUCGCUGCCAUUGCCUCAAUCUUUGCCGGACUAUGCUAUGCGGAAUUUGGAGCACGGGUUCCCAAGGCGGGAUCCGCUUAUAUCUACAGCUAUGUGACCAUUGGCGAGUUUAUCGCCUUCAUCAUCGGCUGGAAUCUCAUUCUCGAAUACGCAAUUGGUUCUGCCAGUGUCGUUAAGGGUUUAAGCACCUAUCUCGAUCAGCUUUGCGGAAAUCCGAUGAGCAGUUUUCUGGGCACCCACAUGCCCCUUAACAUCGAUGGAAUGGGGGCCUAUCCCGAUCUGUUUGCGUUUGUGGUUACCAUACUCUUUUCCCUGGCUAUUGCCGUGGGAGCUAAGGAGUCCACCAGAGUAAACAAUGUCUUCACCAUGCUGAAUCUAGGUGUAGUGCUGUUUGUGAUCAUCGCUGGACUUUUUAAGGUAUCCAGCAGCAACUGGACCAUUCCAAAAUCAGAGGUACCUGAGGGUUAUGGCAACGGAGGAUUUAUGCCCUACGGAGUUUCGGGCAUAAUCAAGGGAGCUGCUGUGUGCUUCUACGGCUUCAUUGGAUUUGACUGCAUUGCAACAGCUGGAGAGGAGGCCAAGAACCCCAAGAAGUCUAUUCCAUUUGCUGUGAUUGUCUCACUGGCCAUGAUAUUCCUGGCCUACUUUGGAGUGUCCACAGUGUUGACCAUGAUGCUGCCCUAUUUCGAACAGGAUGAGAAGGCACCUUUGCCCCAUGUCUUUCGCAUAAACGGCUGGCAUGUGGCCGAGUACGUGGUCAGUAUUGGAGCGAUGUUCGGACUGUGCUCCAGUAUGAUGGGAGCCAUGUUCCCGCUGCCAAGAAUCGUUUUCGCCAUGUCCAACGACGGGUUGCUGUUUAAAUUCCUAGGUGAUAUCAGCGAGAAGUACAAGACUCCUUUCAAGGGAACCAUGAUCACGGGUCUGUUGACUGGCAUCCUGGCAGCGGUUUUCAACCUCAGCCAGCUCGUGAACAUGAUGUCCAUUGGUACUCUGUUGGCUUACUCUAUGGUGGCCAGUUGUGUUCUUAUGCUGCGCUACGAAGUAGACGAUCGUAGGGAAAGUCGCAGUGUAGGAAAUGGACGUGCCAUGGUCCUUGAGGAAGACCGUCCAUGUGCCCUCUGGAGGCGCAUAUUUAACCUAAAUGGCCAGGCAGUGCCCACGAAACAGACGUCAAGGAUCGUUACCUACAGUGUAACUCUGUUCUCUCUUUGGUGCGUUGUCUUCUCUCAGAUACUUACCAAGUUCGAAGAGGAUGUGGUCAACGUGACGUCCUUCGAUGGCAUUAAACUAGUGCUGGGCACUAUUCCUCUGGUACUGCUUCUCUUUGUUAUUUCGCGGCAGCCAACCUCGGGUGUGAAGUUGUCGUUCAAGGUACCAUUGGUGCCCUGGUUACCUGGAAUUUCCAUUUUGAUUAACAUUUAUCUGAUGAUCAAACUGGACAUUCUCACCUGGGUGCGCUUUAGCAUCUGGAUCACCAUCGGACUAGCCAUAUUUCUGUCCUACGGUAUCCGUCAUAGCCGAUUAAGGCAGCGGGAGCAACGCAACAAUUCCAUUGCCAUGAUGCGGGAUUGCAGCAACACUGCAUUGUUGGGCGGACAGGAGAACUCGAAAUAUAGCAACGAAGUGCCCCUGAUAUUGAUGCACAGUACAUCCUAAGUGUACAAUGAUAUUUACCUAAACUAUUCAUUUAUAAUAUAAUAUUUUGCCUGAAAGAUACGCAAUGAAGCCCGCGAUUCUCAUCAUCCACAUACUCGCCUAUGUAAUUUACACAUGCACUUAGCCUCAUACCGUAAAAUAGGAUACCAAAAACUACAAACAGUACAAUAAGUAAACUGCUGAAAGCAAUAAACACGAAUAUUCUUAUGUUAAA